UAUGUAUGUAGGGAGUGUGGAAAAGCUUGUAAUCGUAAGUCACACCUCAUUACCCAUCAGAGAAUCCACACUGGGGAGAAACCUUAUGAAUGUAGGGCGUGUGGAAAAGCUUUUAUUCGUAAGUCACACCUCAUUACUCAUCAGAGAAUCCACACUGGGGAAAAACCUUAUGAAUGCAGUGAGUGUGGAAAAGGCUUUUCUAAUAAGUCAAGCAUGAGAUCACAUCAGAGAAUCCACACUGGGGAAAAACCGUAUGAAUGUAGCCAUGAAUGUGGAAAAGCUUUUAUUUGUAAGUCACACCUCAUUAGCCAUCAGAAAAUACACACUGGGGAAAAACCUUAUGAAUGUAGUGAAUGUGGAAAAGCUUUUACUCAUAAGUCACACCUCAUUAGCCAUCAGAGAAUCCACACUGGGGAAAAACCUUAUGAAUGUAAAGAAUGUGGAAAAGGUUUUAUUUGUAAGUCAUACCUUACUAAACAUCAGAAAAUCCACACUGGGGAAAAACCUUAUGAAUGUAGAGAUUGUGGAAAAGCUUUUAUUCAUAAGUCACAACUCAUUAGCCAUCAGAGAAUCCACACUGGGGAGAAACCUUAUGAAUGUAGGGAGUGUGGAAAGGCUUUUCAUCACAAGUCAAGCAUGAGAUCACAUCAGAGAAUCCACACUGGGGAAAAAUCUUAUGAAUGUAGACAGUGUGGAAAAACUUUUACCACCCAGUCAGGUUUCAUUCAUCAUCAGAGAAUCCACAUGGGAGAAAAACCGUAUGAAUGUAGUGAAUGUGGAAAAGCUUUUAUUCGUAAGUCACACCUUAUUACUCAUCAGAGAAUCCACACUGGGGAAAAACCUUAUGAAUGUAGUCAGUGUGGAAAAGGCUUUUCUGAUAAGUCAAGCAUGAGAUCACACCAGAGAAUCCACACUGGGGAAAAACCUUAUGAAUGUAGCCAGUGUGGAAAAGGAUUUGCUCAUAA